CUCAGUCUGAACGAGGUGGACCAAGGACUCCUUGCUCUUGAAAGUUCUCCAUGAGUGCGCACUGAUAGGAGUUGCAUUCGCAGCGCAGUGGCAAGCGCACAGAAAUGGUGCAUGCGUAUGUUUGUUGAGACAGAUUAGUCAUUACAUUCAACCUGGCCUUGUAGGGUCACGACAGCUGGUCCCUUCCAUUGUGUCGUCAUGGCUAGAGGCCGCCCUCAUGGCCGGUCCAAGUCGGACCACAGAGUCUGUCAGGAAGCUCGGUAUGCGCGUGCUGCUCAGUACAGGGAGAGGAUUACAAUUAGCGCUGAGCAGCAGGAGGCGCGGAUUGCGGCCGUAAACGCAGAGUGCAAUGUGGAGCAUGCUUCUCGUAGGCGGCGGAGGCGGGAGUCGAGGGAGUUGAAGACCAAGGCAGGGGCUGCUCGGAUGUCCGCAGGGAGCCGUGCUUGCAAAUUGUCUGGCGGUGGAAAGAAGAAAGCAAAGAAGGGCCUCGAAUAUUCGCUUGGCAAGGCUGCAGAAAGAGACCCACAUAUCCUCUACUGCCAUGAGUGCGGCGCAACAGCAGAGUUCGGGCUGCGGGGAGGCAAGAAAGGGGGGGAGGUCAUUUACUUUUGCAGAGGGCAUACCCCCAUGACUGGCUGCUUCCGCAUUGACAGAGACCACAAAGAUUGGGCAGAGGAACGGGAGAUGCGCUUUCUGAGAGCAGAGGAGAGAAGGUUGGAGGAGGAGCUGCGCAACCUGGGAAGGGCCUCGUCCGCUGCAGAACCAGCGGCAGCUUGGAAUGAUUUCCAGAGUAAGGGGGUUUGGGCUUCGAUGCACAUGAGCCCGUCGCUCAUAGCGACGCUCCUCAUGAUUGGCGGAGUCGAACGCAACCCGGGACCUACUACUGAGGAGAUUGCAUUAAGGGAGAGCUGGCGGGAUUAUGAUCUGAGAAUUAAAUCCAGGCUGCUGGAUCAUCUGGCGCGGAAGGAGUUUGAAUUGGCAGACUGGGAAAAAACGCCUCCUGAUGACCGGUCUGGCUAUCUGACCCGAUGGAGAAACGAGUACAAAGGCCCAGGGGAGUGGGCAGAUGGCUGGGAGGCCUUCCUCAAAGCGGUUCCGGUUGUGAAGAGGGGUCAGGAUGCAGGCCAACCUACGGAUGUGGGGAAGCGGGAUGCUGAUCAGGAGAACCAGAAUCGGGAUCCAUCCAGCCAUGCUAAACCCAACUUCAAGCGUUCCACAUACCUUGAUACAUCAGAAACCGGGGUUCUUGCGAAGGGUCUGGUGAAAAGAAGGAAAGUGGAGCUUGAGCAAGCAGGGAAGGGCGUCUUCGAGAUUGGCUGGAGCAUCCUGCCGCAGGCGGAACCUUUGGGUGUCAGGGAUCUACGUUUUCUAGUGCUGACGGCAGAAGAGAAGAGACUCGGUGUUGCGGUUAUGGGGCGCUCCCAUUUCAGGCGUCUAGUAGAUCGUGCAAUCCAGCUUAUGGACGGAGAGCUGCCGGGCGGUGGGCGAAGGAUUCUGAUGCACGGGCCUGCAGGGUUUGGCAAAACACACCUCCUUCUGCAACUUAUAAUCUACCUCACAGCAGCAUUGGAAGCAAAGCAGCAGCGGGUGGCGCCCCUCUUGGACUGUGCGUUCUUUAAGGCGGAUGAAGUCGAGGCAAUGAAGCAGGCCCUUGCGUGGGCAUAUGCGGGGGAAAGGGAGAUUGUCAAAACCAUCGCAAGCCUUGAAACGAUGCGAGACGUGAAGGCUUUUCUUAGCGGGAGGAAGCAGGAGAUCCUCUUCUGCUUGGAUCAGUAUCAGGAACUCCUAAAAGACUCGGAGGCUAAACAGAAGUUAGAUGGUCUGCUUUACCACUUCAGAACCAUUCUGGUGACGAGCGCGGGGGGUGAGGAGCUCACAACAGAAAACGAGACGCUACAUGGCCUGGCCAGCAGGUUCCCCGUGCACUCUGGUUUGACUCAGGAGGAGCAGAAGUCCUUUGACAUCAUCUACGGGACAGAGUGCACCACCCCGGCUGUCCAACGCCUUGUGAGGGAAAAGUUGGGGGGAGUAGCGGGGUGCCUGGCGGACUGGUAUGAGGCCUACUACGGAAAGCCUCCGGGGGGCCACUCAGUAUACCGAGUCUUUGGGCAGAGUCCAGCAUUUCAAGUGGGGCCAUUGGAACCGGUGAAGGAAGGAGAGCUAGAUACGGGGGUGCUUGGGGGCGAGAGCAAGCUUGAAGGAAGUCAGCAUCUAGAAAGUCAGCAUGGGCUCGUGAGGAAGGACAUUGCUACCGCUUCUAAAGCACCCGCUGUUACACGCGGGAAGGAGAGUGCCAUCAGAGUGGAAGAGCUGCUCGAGGAGGAGCUGAAGGGCUCUGGCUUUGCUGAAGUGACUAAGAGUGAGCAGACAACGGAGAAGCUGCUUGCCGAAGAGCGUGACUGGAAAGCCUGGGAAACGUUCUUGGAGGGCAAUAGGGUGCUGCAGAUCAGCAGGGGUUUGAAACGCAUCUAUGACAAAGUAAGGGCGAAAGGGGCAAACAAAGUGCAAGAGUGGAUAGACCAGAUGAAAAAGAUGGUUUACACGGACUCGUUUGUGGAGUUUGAUCUCACCGACUGGAACGACAUCGACUUACGGUAUGUAGCAGUAGAGGGGCAUAAAGUGCGGCCAGCAUACCCGCUAGUACGAGAUGCGAUAGCCCACUUUGUGGAGCAGGUUCAAGGCCGGGCUGUCUUCUACAGUGACCAAGCAGUCUGGGCCUCUCUAUCCCAGGAGCUUGGAGGAGAGCGGGUACCAGCGGUUGCUGGGCUGCUGACAGAACGCUGCGCCAUCGGCGCAAUCGUUGACGGUCUAGGUUACAAGGCUGUGCUAAAGAUGGAGAAGAAGGAGCAAGUGAAAUUGGUGUUCUUCAAACCCAACGGAGAGGCCUCUGCUGUGUUCGCCGAACAAGACGAUUUCCGGAAGAGCGGACUCGAGAUGCGGAUUGCUUGCUUUGUGCCUCGGUCGCCGUUCUACCCUGCUAUGGAUAUGGCCCUCCUGGUCUUUAAGAAGCCGAAGGGGCAGCCAGGAUCGGUGGAGCGGCUCACGAAAGUUCAGAUGACACUGGAGUCAGCGCGUGAACAUGGUCACUCGACCAGGACUGCAAUGCAUAUUAGCAACGUGGAGCCGUGGCUGGGCAAGGCAAACCUUGACUCCGUGACGGUGGAAUUUUGCUACAUAGUGCCAGGUGAUCUUGUCACGGGUGGGGUUCCACGGCACACUGAGCAGAUUCCGGCAAAAAUGGGUGUCACACGGGCACAAGCAGGGUCAAUACAAAUUGUUGCACAUACUCAUGUAGAGUUGGCUUUUGGUCAGCUAGAUGAAAGGCUAGGACAGGUGGAUAAGUGGAACGCGGGGAAGGUAGCCUAGUACCAGCGAUAGCCGUCGAGCACCCACGAUUCCGAAUAUGCAUGCUCUUGUGUUCCCUCAGCUUUUGAUUUGCGAUCGUGGCUCACCCUGAUGCUUCGACUCAUUCUAUGAGCACAUUUAGACGAUAUUCGGAUUGAGAUUCUCCUUGCCUGAAGUGAGCGGAG